GCUCAUCCUUCCUUUCCCCUCACACCAACAAUUGGUUGCCUGAUCCUGCCAGAUAUCUUCCCCGAAUCCCUCCUCCAAAGCCAGUGGAAUUGUCUCCCACCCCUGUACCCACUCUUGGGGCUGCUGGGGCAGCCCCUACAGAAACCAGCAGCUCUGGAGGCCUUGGCCCCAGGGGAGUUGGGAGGACGCAGGUGCAGGGUUGGGUGGGGCAGGGGGCGGGCAUCCUCACCCCCCAGCACACACAAUGGGAGGGCCAAGCUCUGGCUUUUGACCCCAGACACUGGUCGCCAUAGCAUCCAGGAUCCUCACAGGCUGCCCUGCUCCCAGAGUGCCCCUGAGCAGAGGAACCUGGGGAGCCGGGGGUGGAGAGGGGUGUCUGCUUCACUUUAGGGCAUCCCAGGAAAGGACGCAGCAGCAGGAUGGGCGGGCGGCCUUCAAGCCCCCUGGACAAGCGGCAGCAGCAGCACCUGAGGGACCAGGUGGAGGCCCUGCUGAGGGACUUCCUGCCUCAAUACCGCGUACAGCUGGCCGCCUCUGUCCUGCAGCAGAUUUCCCGGGAGCUGGUCCCCCAGGAGCCGGCUGGAUGCCAACUGCUGCACAGCAAAAAGCUCCCCCGAGUCCGUGAGCACCGCGGGCCCCUGACCCAGCUGCGGGGCCUCCCACCCCAGUGGCAGCCCAUCUUCUGUGUCCUGCGUGGGAAUGGCCACCUGGAGUGGUUCAGCCACAGGGAGGAAUAUGAAAACGGGGGCCGAUCCCUGGGCUCCGCGGCCCUGACAGGGUACACAGUCCUGACGUCCCAGCGCGAGUACCUCCACCUGUUGGACACUCUCUGCCCAGACUCCUCAGGAGACCACACGCAGGAGGAGCCUGACCCCCUCCUGGAAACGCCCGUGAGCUUCCCCCUGUUCCUGCAGCACCCCUUCCGAAGGCACCUCUGUUUCUCUGCAGCCACAGCGGAGGCGCAGCGCGCGUGGAGGCUGGCCCUGCAGGGUGGCAUCCGGCUCCGUGGCACAGUCCUACAGCGAAGCCAGGCCCCCGCCGCCCGUGCCUUCCUGGAGGCCGUACGGCUCUACCGGCAGCACCGAGGCCACUUUGGCCACGACGACAUGACGCUGGGCUCGGACGCGGAGGUGCUGACCGCAGUGCUGGUGCGGGAGCUGCUGCCGGCGCUGCGAGCCCAGACCCAGCCGGGCUUGCGGGGGACCGGCCGAGCCAGGGCCUGGGCCUGGACCGAGCUCCUGGAUGCGGUUCACGCCGCUGUCCUGGCCGGGGCCUCCGCAGGGCUCCGCGCCUUCCAGCCCGAAAAAGACGAGUUGCUCGCGGCCCUGGAGAGGACGAUCCGCCCCGACGUGGACCAGCUGAUGGGGCUGCGGGGGCGCGUGGCAGGGAAGCUGCGGACCGAAGUCCAGGGCGCCCUGGAGUGCUGCCUGCGCAGGAGGGUGGACGCACAGCUGCCCCGGGUCACGCAGACUCUGCUGGACAUGGUGGGAGCAGCACUGGCGGCCGUGCAGACCCUCCUAGCCCAGGGCAUGGACCGCCUGGGCCGCCACCUGCGUGGGAAUCCCUCGGGCGCCCGGCUGCGGAAAGAGGUUUACUCCUUUGGGGAGAUGCCGUGGGAUCCGGAGCUGAUGCAGGCUUGCUACCGCGAGGCUGAGCGGGGCCGGGGCCGCCUGGAGCAGCUGGUGGUGCCGUUUGGCUUCCUCGGAGCACGAAGUCUGGUGUUUGGGGCCCAGGAUCUCGCACAACAGCUCAUGGCCGACGCCGUGGCCACCUUCCUGCAGCUGGCCGACCAGUGUCUGACCAGUGCCCUGGACUGCAACCAGGCUGCCCAGCAGCUGGAGAAAGUCAGGGGGCGCGUGCUGAAGAAGUUCCAGUCGGACAGUGGCUCAGCGCGGAGGAGGUUCGUCCGCGGGUGGCAGCUCUGCAUCUUUUUGCCCUUCGUGCUGAGCCAGCUGGAGCCGCGCUGCAAAGCGGAGCUGCUUGAGUUGGAAGGGGACGUUCUUGCUGUGGGCAGCCCCGCCCUGACCAUCGAGGGCAUCUAUGAGGAUGUCAUCCGGGGGGUCCUGCAGCAGAGGAUCGACGGAGAGCUGAAAAAGGCCCUCGGUACCAGCGACGUAUCCUGUACUCUGGACAGCUGCUCAGAGGAGCCAUGGGACCAGGCGGGAGCAGAUGAGGAAACUGAGGCUCAGAGAGGGACUUGCCCCAAGCAGCCAGGCUCCUGCACUGAGGCCCAGCCGCUCUGCCCGCUGCUGCCUCCAAGGACGUUCCGGAGCUGAUCUGCCCACAGCCAUCUUCAUGCCAGCAGAGAAAUGUCUGCCAGUGGGAAUUCCGGGUCAAACGAACCAAGCCAAGGCUCUCACAACCAGCUCACCUCCGCCUCACUCCUCUUCUGAACGGCCGCGCCUUCUCACAUCUCCACCAGCGGAAUGUGUGCAUGUUCUCCAGAUCCUUUCCAAAUAUUAGGAAUUUUCAUCAAAGAAAAAAAUGUCAACUUGAUGGGCACACACAUUUCAUUUUUUAAUUUUGAAUUUCUCUGAUGACUGAAAUGAAUCUAAAAAUGUUUAUUGGCCAUUUAUAUGUUUGUGGGUUGUUUAACAUUGAAUUGUCUUUUCAUGGAUUUCCAUACCCGCCCCCCCCGCCCCUCCCCAGAUUUUAUCUUUUUCAUAUGCAUCCCUGGUAACUCUGUGUAUAUUAAUGGUAUUAACACUUUGUAUCUAGAUUACAGAUAUUUUUUUUUCUCAGCUUGCUGUGGGCCUUUUGGGUUUGCUUACACGGUUCCCAAAUUUAACUCAGUAACAAGUUUCUCAGCAGAGAGAACUUAGACAGACUUCCCUGUGUUGCCAGAAAAGUCAUCUGUGCACUUGAGCUUGGCAGCUUCCCCGCAUCACAAGCCUUCCAGCUGCUUCCGGAGCCGGUUCCUGAGGGACUUCCCCAAUGUUCUUCUCCUCUCGGCUUUCAGGGGGGCCUGCACAGCCCACAGCGAUGGCUUCCUCCCAUUCUGUCCUGGAGAUUUGAGCCUUCCCCAAAGAAUAAGAUUUCCCUCUCGUUUCCGGAUGUCCCCCUCCACCACCAUCUUCUGAGAUGCAUUUGUGCCUCACAGCCCUGUCCAGUCCAGCUGGCUGCGUUUUACCCAGGAUGUCCACGUCAUUCUGGGAAAAUCGCAGCGACAAGGACUUGUCACCCCGCCCACUUCGAGAAAACCGCUGUGUGCCCGGGGUCUGAAUCCUCCCAGUCUUCUCUCGGUGUGUCAGGACAGGAGGCGCCUGUCGCCCUGUUCUUCUUGCUUAAUGUGAAAGACCUUUUGCUGCCAGGCCCCUUUCCUCCACUCAGAGUCAAACCACGUAACCAGGAAAGGCUGGGCUGCGUCUCUAAAAGAUUCAGCCCCAAACUUGACUUGUGCAGAUAAUUACUGUAAAAAAAACAAAAUCAGAAAACAGGCGCAAAGUAGAGGAAAGUAAUUAGAGGAAGGGCAUGGACAGGGGAAGAGCCUGAAGAGGAGGAGGGGCGAGUGUCACCUGACUCCAUAGAGGAGCUGGGAGGUUUGGGGCUCCCCCGCACCCCAAGCUCCCAUCUUGCAUGCCAACCAGGACAUACAACCCCGUCCCUGAAUUUUACCUAGCAACCGUAACCCUCUGCCAUGCACAUUAAUAAAUAUACA